UCUAGUUCAAUUAUAGUUUAGUACUGCUUCAAUUCAAUUCAGUUCUCUCCUUGUUCAGUUCCAUUUCAAAUCUUGUUCUAGUUCAAUUUUAGGCAAUGGUAUUCAAUUUUCCAUACCUGAUUUGCCGCCUUGAUGUUGUAUUAUAUCCUCUCUUUCUCUAACACCACUCUCCCUUCCCAUUUACAUAAAAGUUCUUUUUUGACGAAAUUUUCAAAAAAAAUUAUUUUCGCUUUAUACCUAAAUAAACUAAUCAAAAAAAUAUAAAUUAUAUUAAUACAUCACACUUGGCUAUAUUGUUUUUUAAUAUAUCGCCAAAAAGUCUGUGAGUUUAAAAGGAGCAAAGUGCAAUCAAUAGCAAAAGAAUAAAAAUAUAAUAACAAAACCAAAACAAAAAAGUGAAAUAGGAAAACACAACCUACACACACGCACCUGUAUACUUUUACAUAUGUAACCGUUAUAUUCAACGUGAUAAUCACACAACAAAUAAAUCAUAAAGUCUGGUGGUGUCUCUCAGCUACAUAUUAAAGAAAAUACCAAAAAAAACUCUCUACUCGCAAACUAUACUACAAAAUAUAUAACGAAACCACACACAAAAUGCUCUCCAUUCAGCAAUUGAUCAAAGCGCUAAGAAAGCUACGAAAUCAAACUGUAGCUGGUGGAGACUUGGUAAAGAGUAUAAAACAUGUGGCGGUGUGUGCAAAUAAUACGACCGAAACGAAUACUAUCAUACCAGUGGGAACAACUUUAAUGACGUCACUACAUAAUAAUUAUGUAGAUAAUGAUAAAGGAGAUUUAAAGGCAGUAGCAGCAGCGACGUCAUCAUUGUCAGAGCAACAGCAACAAACAAAUACUACUAACAGCAGCAGCAGCAACAAUAUCUAUACCAGUAACAACACCACUUCUAGUCAGCUGCCAUUGAAGCAGCAAACACAACAAAAUUUUAAUGCUAGUCAUAACAAAUGUUUUAGUUUGUAUUCGCCUCUGAACGCUGACAGUUCGUAUAUUAAAAGCGAAACAGCAAAAGAAGCUAUUACGCAGGAUUCAAAUUUUAAUAAAAAAACUUCCCCUCCACCACCACAACAACAACUACAACAUCAUUUACAGUAUCAACAUCAUCAGACAGCUCAACAUCAUCAUCAUCAUAACAAUCACCAGCAAAUACAGCCACAACAACGUACUCAACGCAUACAGAAUUUCUUUCAACAGCAAAUUUUUCAUCAAUUCCAUACACAACAUAAUCAAAAUUUAAAUACCAAACAAAAGCAAACCCAAUUUGCCAUGUCUUCUUUAGCUGCAGAACCUUUGAGCCUACAAAAAUCCGAGGGUCAAAAUGGUAACGAAGAAUGUCAGGAGAACAGUCCCUCGUCUUCAUCUUCAGCAUCAUGUCCAGAUACUAAACAACAAAAUUCCUCAACAGGAAAACCUUGUUUCAAUACAGGUUUAGGUGAUAUUCUUCAGUUUAUGGAGUUAAUUGGCAAUUUAAAGCAUACAAAACGUACUGGCUGGGUUUUGCGUAAUGUCAAUGAUUGUGAAUCCAUUUCGGGUCAUAUGUAUCGCAUGAGCAUUUUAACCUUUCUGCUAGAUGGUACAGAGGGUCUUAAUCAAAUUCGAUGCAUGGAAUUGGCUUUGGUGCAUGAUUUAGCAGAAAGUUUGGUGGGUGAUAUUACACCCUUUUGUGGAGUAUCAAAAGAAGAAAAGAAAAACAUGGAAUUCAAGGCCAUGGAAGAUAUAUGCAAAUUGAUAGAACCCAGAGGCAAACGUAUGAUGGAAUUGUUUGAGGAGUACGAACAUGGUGAAAGUGCUGAAUCUAGAUUUGUUAAAGAUUUAGAUCGUUUGGAUAUGGUGAUGCAGGCAUUUGAAUAUGAGAAAAGAGACGAUUGUUUAUUAAAACAUCAAGAGUUUUUCGAUUCUACCGAGGGGAAAUUUAAUCAUCCAUUCGUUAAGAAAUUAGUUAAUGAAAUCUAUGAACAACGUGAUAAAUUAGCUAAAGCCAAAGGAGCAGUACCACCACCCAAAAUUGAAGUACCUAAUAUGGAUGAACAACCAAACAAGACUACAGCAACAAAUGGUCAUUGCACUAAAGCAGAUACUAAUGGUACAACAACACCAACUAAAUCAAGUUGAUAAAAUGGAGGCCUUUAUCUUUUUUUUUUUUUGAUAAACAAGAAAUUUAAGUAAAAAGAAAUACAAAAAAAGAAAACUAUAUUAAAAAAAUAUUUAGUAAAAAUAGCAAAAGACGAGAGAGUUGGUGUAAAGCAAAAAGGUUUAGUGUGAUCCUAGUUAUUUGUUUAGCUAUUAUCAUUUUAAGACUUUAGUUAGUUACUCCCCA